CCGCCGACUGGGCCGCCAUUAUCCCCCCCUCCAACCAUUACCUCCUCCUCUUCGUCUUCUCCAUCCCCCUCCGCCCUCACCAAGUCCUCCCGUCUCGAUUCGCGACACGAAUUCCUCCGAGGCCAAGCCAAGAGCUGGGGACGAGGCGAGGGACGGACGGGGAUUGCCUCGUGAGGUGAUCCGACAUACCCACGCUCCGCGGCUUGGGAUCCGAACCCCAAUCCCGAGCGGGAGAAAAGGCUGAAAUUUAAGGCGUUCCUUGGGCGUGGAGUUGGAAUUCCUGAGGACAGAACCGCUUAGCCGGUGCUGCGGUACCUGUUCUUGUUGGGCAAUUGAUCGGUUUAUGACUGAGCUGGUAUCAGAUGAAGUGAUUGGAGCCACAACUUGUCUGUAGAGCAGCAUAGUGGUAUCAGAGAGGUGAUGUCUUUUGCUUGACUCUAGAACUGUACAUGCGUGACAUAUUGAUCACCUGCAAUGGCAAGAAGAAAUGCUGGGGCAAUGCAGAGAGAGGGGUCGGUUAAGGACUGGUCAGAAUUCGACCCCUCACCCUCUCCCAAGAUGGCGUACUCGCAGUCCUAUGUUGCAAUGAGAGGGGUGCUGACUUCUCUGGCUUCGCUUGACCUUGUCCUGAUGUCGAGCAGCCUAAAAUCUGCAUGGGCAACUAUAUUGUCCCACAAGCACGCUAGGUCCUUGGAGAGGCCAAAGUCGAAGGGGAUGAGCUGGAAAAAGGCCAUGAUCAAUCUAUUCAUGUGUUUCAUGAUUGGCAUUUUCAUCGGAUUCACGCCGCUUUUCUCUGCUGAUUUGUCAAACAAAAUGCCUGCUGAAAAGGACAGGCUUCCAUUUGAGGGGGAUGCGAUUGAUAGACGACAAAUGGCAGAACAUCAAGGCACCAAGCUGGAGCCAUUUGUAGCGGAGGCUGAAUCUGAAGCGGUUAAUGAGCCACAGGCCGAGGAGAGUCCCCCAGUUCCUGCAAUGUUGGAUGAUGAGGCAGAUUUUGUUGAAGCCUUGCCUAUUGUACAUUCUGUUAAUGAUUCUGGCAUUGUUGCGAGAAAGCAACUGAUAGUUGUGACAGCAACAUCAGUUCGACCACACCAGGCAUAUUACCUUCACCGUCUGAUUCAUGUCUUGAAGGAUGUACCGCCUCCUCUUCUGUGGAUAGUGGCGGAGUGGCCAUAUCAGUCCCGUGAAACAGUAGAAAUCCUGAGGUCUUCUGGGAUCAUGUACAGACAUAUUGUAUGCAAUAGGAAUGUUUCAAAUAUUAGGAAGAUUAUUGUCUGCCAAAAGAACAAUGCAAUAUUUCAUAUAAAGAAGCAUCAUCUAGAUGGUAUAGUGCAUUUUGCUGAUGAGGAGAGAGCAUACUCAGUUGAUCUAUUUGAAGAAAUGAGGAAAAUCAGGCGCUUUGGUACAUGGCCAGUAGCAACGCAUGUUGGGACCAAGUAUAAAUUGGUUUUGGAAGGCCCCCUUUGUAAGGGUGAUCAGGUCACUGGAUGGCAUACAAACCAGAGGAGCAGUAUACCGCGUCGAUUUCCAAUUGGUUUUUCUGGAUUUGCUUUUAACAGCACUAUACUUUGGGAUCCCAAGAGAUGGAAGAGCCCCACCGUUGGGUCUAUUAUACUCCAUUCAGGUGGAAGGGGUGGCUUGCAAGAGUCAAGAUUUAUUGAGAGGCUUGUCGAGGACGAGAGUCAAAUGGAAGGCCUAGCAGACAAUUGCACCCGUAUUAUGGUUUGGAAUUUCGAUUUGGAACCUCCUCAACUCAAUUACCCUACUGGCUGGUUGCUGCAGAAGAACCUAGAUGCUACGUAGCUGUCUUGGUGCCCCAUCUUUUUGUUUGCUCAUACUAGUGUGAGUGAUGCCUUCCUGAACUUGGCAGCGCCCAGGAUCAUGCGAAGCUGCUCCCUGCCAAGACCUGAUUCAAAAUAAUGUCACACCAGUAAAAAGUUCAACGAAAGAAGCCUGACAAAAGAAGAAAACCCCCUCACUCUACAUUCUUUUCAAAUUUCAUUUCUCACUCAUAUUCAUCCAGCUAGAUCUAGCCCUCUGUAUAUUUACUCUUUCUCUGUUUCGGUUCGUUAUUAUACAUGCAUAUAUCACCUUACAGAUGCGGAAGUUUGUCACCGUUGCAACUCUUGACAGAUAGAUAUACAUUCUCUUGAUACAUGAGCAAAAGCAAAAGCAAAAGCAAAAUCACAGAUUGGGUUUGACA